UGCACCACUAAGUCCACGCAAGCAGGAAUUGUGUGUUGUAAUAAAAGAAAAAGCGAGGCCGGAUGAGAUUAUUUUCAAGAUUCUGCAGAAAGCCUGCAAGUGAGCGCAGAUAGACUAUGAAACAGAGAUAGGCCUUAGCCCUGAGGCAGCUGACACUUCUUCACAAAUCCACACUCUUCUCUCUAUAGACCGGAGUGUGUGCAUGUGAAAUGGAUACGUGGGCUCCUUCGCGCCGGUCGCUCAUAACCUGUUAUUUUCUAUGGGUGCGUGUGUGUUUCCUGCGUGUGUGCGAUCGCGACAUUCCAGCAGCAGAAACCUGAGAAGGUGUGACUUACGAGACACUGGAUUCGGCUCUUUCUGGGGACUGAGGGGUGCUGAAGUGUCAGAAUUCCAAUUUCCUCCAAACAGUCACUCCCAGUCACACACUCUGACCCUCUGCAUCUCUCUCACACAGCACAACACACUCUGCUCCGAAGUCUGAUCAUCCAGAGCUUGUUUCUUCCUUUUCUUUUUUUACCCCAAACACUGUCUGUCAUUUUCUCUCAGAUCCAUUCAUAAGGUCCCACAAGGAGAAAUCUUGUCUCACUGUACUGUAAUGCCACCUCCUCCCCCCUCUCUUCGUCAAACCAAACACUCACUCUUUCUCUUCACAUUGAGCUUCCAGGCAAACAGCGAGGAGAGGAAGAGAGGGAGAAACAGAGGGGAGAGUUUGAGAAUCGCGGGCCCCUCCUACUUUCCGGAGAUGCUCCAGCCCAUCCCUAAAUUGUGGGCCAAUGAGGGUGGCUCAUUCACAACUCAUGCGCUCCUUCUACAAUAGGUAAGGAGUGAGACAGAGAGAGCAAGAGAUAUAUACAAGGAGAGAGAGAGAGAGAGAGAGAGAGAGAGAGAGAGAGAGAGGGAAAGGGGGAGGAAGAGAGACUGUGUUUAGGGGAGAAAGACAGUGAGAAAGGAGAAAGGGAAAAGAGUGAGAGGGACGAGGGGAAAUAGUUGCAGCAGAGUUCAGGCCUGGGGAUGAAGUGGUGACUGAGAGGUGAAGUGAUGAAGACAUAGAUCUGGUGACAGGGGACAGACUGACAGUGUGGACAGCCUGCACGGGAGAGAGGCAGUGAGAAGAGAGCCAGGCGUAUUAGGAAAAGCAAGGAAAACACUGGACCAUUCUCACUCAAGUCACAUCAAGUCUGCCUCAGAGAGGACAAGAGCGAGCGUGACAAGGCAGAAAUCCCUCCAGGUGUAGAUGCAGACAGGUGGACAGUCAGACAUGCUGCUUGUGCUUCUGCUCCUCUGCGUGGCUGGAAGAGUUUGGGGGUCCGCCCCCGGAGUGUGGGGGUACGGACGGAUCCAGGAGAGGCAGGGGUCGGCGGCACUGCUGUGCCCGUCCCCGUGCCAAUGUGAGGAAGAUGGGAUCUUCGUCAUGGUGGACUGCUCGGAGCUGGGACUAUCAUCUGUGCCAGCCAACCUCAGCCCUCUCACCACUUACCUGGACCUGAGCAUGAACAACAUCAGUGAGAUCCAGCCCAGAGCCUUCCACCGACUGCACCUGUUAUCGGAACUACGUAUCUCAGGGAAUCAGCUGAGGUAUAUAUCAGGCCACGCCCUCCAGGGUCUCCACAACCUCAAAGUUCUGAUGCUGCAAAACAACCAGCUGGAGAGACUUCCUGAUGAUGCUCCGUGGGACCUUCCCAACCUCCUGUCCCUGCGUCUGGAUGCUAACCUGUUGUCUGAGGUUCCGGCAGGGGCCUUCAGAGGGGUUCGCUCACUGAGACACCUGUGGUUGGACGACAACUCCCUGACAGAGAUCCCAGUGACAGCCCUGGACUCCCUGCCCUCCCUGCAGGCCAUGACGCUGGCCCUCAACCAGAUCACACACAUUCCUGAUUAUGCAUUCACCAACCUCUCCGCCCUUGUCGUACUACAUCUCCAUAACAACAAGAUCCAGAGCAUGGACGCGAGAUGCUUCGAAGGUUUACACAGUCUGGAGACACUGGAUUUAAACUACAAUGAUCUACAGGAGUUCCCUGUGGCCAUCAGGACACUGAGCAAGCUUCAGGAACUGGGCUUCCAUAACAACAAUAUCAAAGCCAUCCCUGAGAGGGCCUUUGUGGGAAACCCUCAGCUCCAAACCAUUCAUUUCUAUGAGAACCCCAUCCAGUCUGUGGGAAAAUCCGCCUUCCAGUUCUUACCUAAGCUGCACACACUUUCCCUUAACGGAGCAACACAGAUUCAAGAGUUCCCUGAUCUGAAAGGAACCACCAGCCUGGAAAUUCUGACGCUGACUCGAGCCGGUCUCUCAGCUCUCCCUCUGGAUCUAUGUGAGCAGCUGCCUCGCCUCAGAGUGCUGGAGCUGUCUUACAACCAGAUAGAGGAUCUGCCCAGCUUUUACCACUGCUCUGCAUUGCAGGAGAUAGGCCUGCAGCAUAACCAGAUCAGGAGGAUAGAGUUGAGCACCUUCCAGCAACUUGUCUCUCUAAGAGCACUUGAUCUGAGCUGGAAUAUGAUCGAGUGGAUCCACCCAGAUGCCUUCACCUCACUUCACUCUUUGAUCAAACUGGACCUGACUGAGAACCGUCUCAGCUCAGUACCUGUUGCAGGUUUGGGGGGACUCACUCAUCUUAAGCUGAGGGGCAACACAGAGCUCUAUGAGGCCUUCAGUGCUGAUCACUUCCCACGCAUGAGGGUAAUUGAAAUGCCAUAUGCCUACCAGUGCUGUGUGUAUGGUUCCUGUGACAGCUACAAGCCAGCCAGCCAGUGGGACACAGAGCAGAGCAACACUGAUGAGGACCUUCAUAAGAGGACUGUAGCCAUGUACCCUCUCCAUGCUGACACACAUUAUGACCCUGACCUCGAGGAGUUUCAACUGGAAAUAGAGGAAUCCAAACUACAGACCAGUGUCCAAUGCACACCCACUCCAGGUCCUUUCCGUCCCUGUGACUCUCUGCUAGGCAGCUGGCUGGUUCGUGUGGGCUUGUGGUCCAUCUCCUUGGUGUCUCUUCUGGGGAACUCCCUCCUGCUCCUGACCCUCUUCGGCUCACCCGGCUACUUGUCACCGCUCCGUUUCACUGUGGCCUGCAUGGGUGCUUCCAACCUGCUUACAGGCGUGUGUACAUUCACCCUGGCCCUCGUGGAUGCUCUAACCCUGGGAGAGUUUGGUCACCAUGGUGCCCGCUGGGAAGGGGGUCCUGGUUGUCAGGCAACAGGAUGGGUCUGGGUCUUUGCAUCUGAGGCGAGUGUGUUGCUGCUGACUCUGGCUGCUGUGCAGUGUGGCGUAAGCGUGACAUGUGCCCGUGCCUAUGGAAAGUCCCCGUCCCUUGGGAGUGUACGCACGUGUGCACUUUUCUGCCUCACUCUUUCACUCACCCUUGCCUCUCUUCCACUGGUAGGGGUAGGGGAGUAUGGCUCCUCACCUUUCUGCCUUCCCUCGCCCCUGCCACCGCCAUCCUCUCGGCUGGCUUCCUCCCUGGGCUUUCCCUUGGCGCUCAUUAUGAUGAACACCCUGUGCUUGCUCAUAGUGACUGGCUCCUACAUCCGCCUCUACUGGGAGCUACUUAGGGGAGAGUGUGAGGGUCUGUGGGACUGUGCUAUGAUCAAACAUGUUGCCUGGCUAAUAUUCACCAAUGGCCUCCUCUAUGUACCAGUAGCUUUCCUGUCCCUCUGCUCCCUCCUGGGUCUCCUCUCUCUGGGGGAGGAGGUGCUAAAAUCAGUCCUACUGCUUCUCCAGCCCCUUCCUGCCUGCCUCAACCCCCUCCUCUUCCUCCUUUUCACACGAGAUCACUCCCAGUUCUUCUUCUGGCCUCACCCCAAAGCGCGUCCACAGCUACGCAGGGACCGCACCCUGGACUCACUGGUUUCUGUGGAGACAGAGAAGAGCUCCUGCUCUGAUUCGUCGACACAGGUGUCGCUUGCUGAUACUGAUGCUCUCUACAGCGGGGUGCCCCCACUCCAACCCCGACUGGAUCCAGUCAGGUUUUCUCACUGCUCCACUACUUCCUCUGUUCCUCUCAUCCCAUGCCAGAUACCCACUCCCACUGCCAGAGAUAGAGACAGGGUUACAGAACGAGGGAGCCUGAGCGACGAUGAAUGUGUCAAGAGUUUGGAUCAAGAUGUGAUUCAUAAAACUCGCUCUCUGUAUCACUCUACCAUGACUCCCUCUGCAACCUCUUAUCCAUGAGCCUUUAAGCUCGCUGUCUGAAUAGCUGCGGACACUCAAGGACCAUCAAACAACAGCAGCAAGACCAGCUCCGGGUCAUCAAUCCUUGAGCACCUAAGAAUGAGUCCACACAGAGAGGGUAGAGUACUCAAGAGAAGUCUGUGAGAACACAACAAAGUGCCGAAAAGUUCCCUUCACAGUAAAGACUAUUAAAGGAAACACCACACUACAUCAUGACUGUUACAAUAAAGGACAAAUUCAGACACUACUCAGUGGACUGCGUCAGUCAUGGACUCGCAUGACAAAAAGAAAGCUCAAAUAAAACUGCAUGGAAAAUCUAAGCAACAGACAAAUCAAAGGUUUAGCCAGGGGGAUUUAGGUAGAACCAGUAGAAUUUUAAGUUUAAAUGUUUAUACUGAAAUGUGAUAAGAUAUGCAGCUUAGAGGUUACGGAUUGUUUGGUUAUAUUUUAAGUGGAGUCAUCUUACUUUUUUUUUUUUAAAGUUCUAUCCUAUCGCUAAGGUCUGUUUCAAAGAAUGGGAGUCAUCAUCGGACACACCAGAACAUUUUUACCAGAGUAAGCUAACAUUUUUAUACACAGAAAUGUUAUCUCAUAUAUUUCUUUGCAAAUGUAUAAAAGCUGUUAUAAAAUGUUAUUCUUUAUAUGUGGCAGCAAAAUGCAACAGGAAACAGAUGGCACAUUCAAUUUCAUACAGUUUACAUGAUUUUGUCUCAAAUAUGUAACUCUGCCCACGGAGGGAAGCAGUUAUAAAGACUGAAUGGGAUGUAGCUAUCUUUCUACAGACAUUAAAGUAGGCUAGCGAUAUGUACAUACAAUGUAACUACCUCUGAACUAGCAUGGUAUUGACUCACUACAGCCUUAUGAUGUUUGUCUCCCUUUUUAUAUGCAGCAAAUAUAUAAUUUUAUAUAUUAAGAAAUAAAUCCUUAGUUUGUAAAAAAAAAACAAAAAACAACCUUGCUAUUUAGGAUGUACAUACUUUGUAUACAACUGGUACGCAUAUGUUUGAAUAAAAUUAUUACCUUCAUAUUGUA